AUGACAAGCCCUCGACCACAGCACCAGCACCAACAUCACCCGUCGCAACAAGAGGGUAAACCCAAGCAGAGGAAAGACAAGAAGACCCCGAACAAUCCACUGGUCCGGGGUAUUUCAGCGUUCUACACAGAAUGGCAAGGUCGUCGUUGUCGCAUUGAUCCUGCGACUGCCACAGACGACAACGCGACUUUCGUUCCAGCUCCUCGCCAUGGUGAAGGAGAUGACCCGCCGCUCGCAGCAUUAGCUAUCGCAGACAUGCCGAAGCGGUAUACACUCUACCCGCCGCUCCUGCUCCUCCCACCAAACUUCACGGCGCAGAAUCCGCGGUGGACGGCAUUCUACGACGCGCUUGACGAGCACGACAAGGCGGAGCUGUUUCGAUGUAUCGCCGAGAAAGGGUUCAAGGGAAUGGGGAUCUCGCGGAUCGCAAUCAAUGCGCCCAUCGCGGCCGAGGUCGAGCAUGAAGAGGACGUCGAAGACGCCACCAACUUCCGCGGUCCCGUCACGACGCAGAGCGCUACCACCAAGGGACAGAAUGUCCUUCGCCAUCCCUCAGGCCUGGUCCCGGUUUACGGUCGCUGGGGACCCGUGCUCGACGAGCGACAGCACCGAGGCAGAAUCCUUCACCCUUCGGCCGAGGACUUUGACGCCGCUUUCUGGACGAGCGCGACCCAGCACCACGGCAUCGUGCAGUGCUGGGCACCGUUGUACACCAUGUUCAGCCGCGGGAACAUCUCCGAGAAGGCGCGGAUUCUGGGCCUGCACUCCCGGUUUCCCGGCCUGACAACUGCUGAACUGCACGGGCAGCUCGGCCUCGUCGAUGUGGUCGAUUUCUACGUCGGCAUCGGAUACUUUGCCUCUUGCUACCUGUCAAAGGGCGUGCGACGGGUCUAUGGCUGGGACAUCAAUCCGUGGAGCAUCGAGGGGUUGAGGAGGGGAUGCGAGAGAAACGGAUGGCGGUGCUUGGUACUCCAGGUUGAUGAGACAGGGAGUCUGCAAGGGCCGGGAGGCAUCAAGGGUAUUGUCGAGGAGAUUGCCAGGGGUGAUCGCUCAGGCGGGGCCGACACAAUCGUCAGAUGCGUAGCCUUCCUAGGAGACAACAAGUGGGCACGGAAGAUCUUGCAGGAGAUGCAAUGUGAGUAUGAAAGGAUGGGCUACAACCGAGAGGGAACAGCGUCACGGCUCAACAUCAGACAUGCCAAUCUAGGUCUCCUUCCUUCGGCGCGAUCGAGGUGGGAGGAUGCUGUCAAGAUCGUCACAGGCCUGAGUGAAGAUGGAACAGGUGGAUGGCUGCAUGUCCAUGAGAACGUCGAUAUGCGGGAAAUCGACAUCAUAGGGGAAAGAAUUGUGAGAGAAAUUGAUGGACUGGUACAGCGAGAAGCCCGACGGCCUUGCGCAACUUCUGGCGUCCACGUUGAACAAGUCAAGACAUAUGCGCCCGGGGUCAUGCAUUGUGUAUUCGAUGUCGAGAUCAAACCCAAUGGCUGA